GGCUGCUCAAGAUGGCAGCGCGCUGGGAGCGUACGUUGUGCGUUUCUAGGAGCUUCGCGCUGCGGGUAGCUUAAGAUUCUCGUGUUAGAGGCCCACUCCAAGUUGGUGGUUGGCUGGAAUUUGGACUCCAUAGAUGGCUCUGAGUAAAUCAAUGCAUGCAAGAAAUAGAUACAAGGACAAACCUCCUGAUUUUGCAUAUCUGGCAUCCAAAUACCCAGAUUUUAAGCAACAUGUUCAGCCAAGUCUGAAUGGAAGAGUGAGUCUUAAUUUUAAAGACCCUGAAGCAGUCAGAGCUCUGACUUGUACCCUCCUGAGGGAGGAUUUUGGACUUUCUAUUGAUAUUCCAUUGGAAAGACUAAUUCCUGCAGUUCCCUCGAGACUCAACUAUAUUCAUUGGGUAGAAGAUCUGAUUGGUCAUCAGGACUCUGAUAAAAGUACUCUCCGAAGAGGAAUUGACAUAGGUACUGGGGCAUCCUGCAUCUACCCUUUACUUGGAAGUACCUUAAAUGGCUGGUACUUCCUUGCAACAGAAGUCGAUGAUAUGUGCUUCAACUAUGCAAAGAAAAACGUGGAACAGAAUAACUUAUCUGAUCUUAUAAAAGUGGUAAAAGUACCACAGAAAACACUCCUGAUGGAUGCUCUUAAAGAAGAAUCGGAGAUAGUCUAUGACUUUUGCAUGUGCAAUCCUCCCUUUUUUGCCAAUCAGUUGGAAGCCAAGGGAGUGAACUCUCGAAACCCUCGAAGGCCGCCCCCUAGUUCUGUGAAUACAGGGGGUGUGACAGAGAUCAUGGCAGAAGGAGGCGAGUUGGAGUUUGUUAAAAGGAUCAUCCAUGACAGUUUACAACUGAAAAAAAGAUUAAGGUGGUAUAGCUGUAUGCUAGGAAAGAAAUGCAGCCUUGCUCCUCUGAAGAAAGAACUUCGGAUACAAGGGGUUCCUAAAGUCACCUACACUGAAUUCUGUCAAGGUCGGACAAUGAGAUGGGCUUUGGCUUGGAGUUUUUAUGAUGAUGUAAGAGUACCAUCACCACCAAGUAAGCGAAGAAAACUAGAGAAGCCAAGGAAACCCAUUACAUUUGUAGUGUUGGAGUCUGUGAUGAAAGAAUUAUCCCUCAAAGUGUCACCUUUGGGCUCUGAGACAGUGGAAGGCAUAGUAGUUGUAACGACAUGGAUUGAAAAAAUUCUCACUGAUCUGAAGGUCCAGCAUAAGCGAGUUCCCUGUGGAAAGGAGGAAGUUAGUCUUUUCCUAACAGCCAUAGAAAACUCCUGGAUUCAUUUAAGGAGAAAGAAAAGAGAACGAGUGAGACAGCUGAGACAACUGAGAGAAGUUCCUCGAGCUCCUGAGGAUGUCAUCCAAGCCUUGGAAGAGAAAAAGUUCACCCCCAAAGAGUCUGGCAGUAGCCAAGAUUUGGCUCAGGGCCCUGGGGAGAGUACUGGGCCUGCUGUACAGGAAGGCGAGUCAGCCCCUAUGAGGGGCCAUGGCUCAGUCCAGGAUUCGCUUUCUCAGGAAGAAAACCCAGAACCCAUGGAGGACGAAAGGAGUGAGGAAAAAGGAGAGAUGGAGGGUUUGGAAAGUUGUAAAGGCUCUAGCAAUGAAACCCAGGACCAAGAGGCUUCUGAGCAGUUCAGCAAUCCAGUGUCUGAAAAAGGGAACCAUCUUCAAGGAGUGGCUGGCCAUUACCUAUUCAAGUGUUUGAUAAACGUUAAGAAGGAGGUAGAUGAUGCCUUAGUUGAAAUGCAUUGGGUUGAGGGUCAGAACAGGGAUUUGAUGAACCAGCUUUGCACCUAUAUACGUAACCAAAUCUUCAGGCUUGUUGGUAGCUAACUCCAAACUUCUAGCAUAGUUGGGAAAGUUUUAUACAGCAACUUGUUUUGGAGUGGCCUGUGGGUGGCAAGAGGAAUUCUACCAUUGGCCUAUUGGUAGGUCACAUUAUGUGGUAUUAUCUUUAAAAACAGGAAAAAAAUUCAUUUUUUAACCCCCCCCCCUUUUUUUUUUUUUUUUAAGUUUCAGGGCAUUGUAGUAUGGUAGUUUAGGAGGAAGAAUUGUGGUUAUCAGCAGCAACAAAAAGCCAUCAGAAGACUCAAAAGGGAUUUAAGCCUGACUUAAACUGAUCACCUUAGCUUUAGAUUUCUUCUGAGGCCAGAAGAAUUAUUUUUGGAAUCUGGUCUGGGUCAUAAUUGUGUAGAGCAUCGUGCUUUCUCACCCCCCAAAUGGAGGCAGGAUACCUGGGCAAAUAGGCUGUGUACCCUCUUGUAGAGAUACUCUGAAGACUGAAGACUUUCUCGGGGUAUAUAUGAUUGAUUACCCCUGUGUCAGUACUAAGAAGAGAACUGGACUGAUGGUAGGUAGCAGGAGAGUCAGGGAGAGAAAGCUUAGUAAUGCCAGAAGAAGGGCCAAUCUGGGCAGCACCUGGAAACGUCACGUUCCUGACUCAUGUCUGUUUUGAUGAAACUUAUUUCAGAAACAAUUAGGUAAGCGAAACUCCCAGAUGUGACUGAGACACAACAGAAUGAAGCCAUACCCCAUGCCUCUGGCCUUUUGAAAGUACUGUUUUGUAGCAGUUUUACUAGUGUAUGACAUUUGAAAUGGAGCUUUGUUUUGUUUUUUUAAUAUAAGAGUAUUCAGAACUGAAAACUGUCCAUCCUGUUUGAAUCCUAGGGUUGGGGAAAAUAUUUUCUUGGCUUUGAAUGGGUAAAUGAUGGUAGAAAUGAGUAAUGGAACAAGAUAUGUGAUGUAGGCUGCUUAAGAAAUGCUCAUCUAUUGGCAAAUAAGCUGUAGCUGAUCAAAUACUGCCUUUUGUGGGUUCCUUUGUAAACCUCCUCUGUGCUUACCUGUUAGCGUAGAGAAUUCUGAGGUCAAGGUAACCCAUGUUCUUAAAACACAUUUCCAGUUGGAAUGUCAGCUCAGUGGGAAUGCCUCUGGAAACGGGUUUUGUUUUUUGUUCUGUUAGAGUUUUGGUUACCCUCUGCUUAGCUUCAGUUUCAGCAGCCUAGUGUUCUGUUUAAUCUGAUGUUUUUAGUAUGGUGCCAGAAUUCCUUGUUAUCUGCAAAGAAGACUGGAGCUGCAUAGUUAAGCCACACUUUUGAAAGGUGGCUGUUGGUUAGGGCAGAAUACUUAAUGACCUCAGCAUAUUUUGACGGUAGCUUCUAGACCAGGCCCUCCGUAAAGAUACAGGAAAUGAAAGGACUAUAAUAUACCUCACUGUGGCAGUGGAUCCUGAGCUGCAGAAGAUAACAUACUAACCCAUCAUUGUUCUUGACCUGGUCUGUGACUCUCUAGAGCAUCCAUAAACCUCCUGGCUUGUUUUUAAAAGCUCUGUGAGCAUAUGUGGGGUUUUUUUGUUCGUUUGGUUUUUUCCUAGAAAAGAGUGUUUUUGAGUUAGAGUGGUCAGUAACCCACUGAAGAUUAGGUAACGCUAUUCUAGUCUAACUUCUCACUUGACAGACUGAGGAAAUAAAUCUUGGGCUAGGUCACACAGAGUCAGAUUUAAUCCACGGCCUUGGAUUCCUCCAAUCCAGUAAUCAUCUGUACCCAUCCACACUGUCCUGCUGUACUUACCUGUGGUGACACAGUGAACUGUAUGCCAGACCCAAACCCAGUUUCUACCUUGAUGGAAUUUUAGGGUAAUUGAGUUAGGUGGCAUCUAUUCAUUCAGCAAGUGGUCAGUAAAUAUUUAUUAUUUACUUGUUUGUUUCAUUAAAAAAGAGUAGCAUGUUACUCAUUAAAGAUUUGGAAAAGUGAAAGAAAACAGUAACAAAGUCACCCCUAGUCUCAGCCUUCUCAAACACAACCACUACUGGUACUUUAGUAUUUCCUUCUAGUCUCCCUUUCUGUAGAUGGGGUGUGAGAUUGUGUGGGUUUAACUGAGGUCAUGCUGAUGCCAUUUUCAGUUUUAUGUUAUGCUGUUUUUCAUUUAACACCUUAUAGGUAUUUUUCCAUGUUAUAACAAUAGUGUAUUUAUUUACUCUCCUUGCCUGUUCAAAAUGUAUUUCAGUCACAGUAUUAGCCUUUGUUUAGAUCUAGUACUUAAAAAAAAAAAGAUUCCCAGGGAAAAUGCUGAGUAACUGGAGGCAUGAAAGAUUUGUCUUGUGUCUUUGUGUUUCAGUGCCCCAGGUUUAAGGCUUGGUGUCAUGGAUGAGCUUUUAUAGAUAUUAUGUUAAUGCUCUUAGAGUUUAAAAAGUACGUGACAAGGGAAGCUUCUAUUGCCAGAGCUGAGUGCCUUCUUUGGUAUUGGAUGUCUUCAUUUCCUUCUCUGAGAAUAGUUUAUCUAAUGAGAGAACACUGAAAAUUAAUAAGACAUAAAAAUAAUUUCAAGUAUGCAUAUACUUUAUAAUUGGGUGAUAAUGUGAUAGUAUAUACCUUUGGUAUGGGGGAAAGGAAUUUAUUUUCUUUAAAGAAAUAGGUUAUUGACCCAUAUAUCAUGUUGAAUGAUAUUUGCCUUAAAUGUCUAGAGUUCAAGUUCAUGUUGGUGGAUUGGUAUGGAAUUAAAUCUUUGUGAUAUUAUCUUAAAUUCUAUUCUGGUCCCUGGCAUUGGCUUACGAUCUUCUAUAACUCAAAUGGGAACAGAAGCUGGACUUGUUUUCCAGUGGGUACUAAAGCAGCUUUUGUUCUUUGGAAUCUGCUUUUCUUCCAGCAGGUUGGUUCUCUCACCCCACAUCCUUGCCUGACUGUUCACUAACCAGAGCAUCGCUGCCUGUCCUAGCAGGGUUGGAGUCUGUGGUGGGGUUUCCACUGAUCUUAAUGGUUCAUAUUGAUUACUUAAAACUUUAGUAUACAUAUUUAAAACAUGAAACCUCUUUUGUUAUAAGUCAAGGCUUAUGAUGCAAACCUACCAAAUCCUACAAGUAAUAAAACUGUAAGGUUUGGAAAAGAUGCAAAACCCUGUGGAAAUCCCAAGGCCUCUUAAAAGGUGUUAGCACCUCCAUCUUAAGCUGCAGCAUUUUCCUCCGUGGCCACAUGGGGGCACCCUUGGCUCUUUUUAUCAAUUAACUGCACCAUGGGAAUAGUUAAAAUUGUGUCUUUGGUAUUUUCUUGAAAUACCCAUUUGCUACCCAGAUAAAUAUUUUUAUGUAAGUAAAACGUAAAAAAUAAAAGUAGGAGAAAGAAAAAAACCCACUAUUCCAUGUCUUUUUUAAUCGGCAUAAUCUUUCAAUGCUUUUAAGUUUCUUUAUGGUCCUAGUUGACUCUUCAUUUUCUUUCCUUUUCUUUCCAUCUCUCCUGCUACUCUAGAACAUACCAGGUUGGGUUAGUCUUUUGGAUCAAGUUUUUAUUAGUAUCUUGUUAAUUGGGGUACUGGAGGGGGGGAUGUUUAAUGAUCUUAAACAGUAACUUUUCAAAAAGCCUUAUGUUCAAGGAACAGAAAUAGCUCUAAGAAAGAAACUGUUUUCAAUGUUCUUUUUGUCUUUAAAUUCUUUCGGUUUGUCUGGCCUGGGUGACUAGGAGGCAUAUAAUGGUGUUGUUUACAUCAAAAGUUGACAUAGUUGGUUCUGUGUUGUACGUAUUCUGGGGUUAGCUGGGCCUUCUUUCCCACAAGGGGGGUUUCUGUGUAGAACAUGUGUACUAACCCUGGGGUCUUUGUGGGCUCAAGAGGAAGAUCAUCUACCCUUGUUUGCAUGGCAUAGGCUCAGGUGUUAUGGGUGGACACCCAACAGAUCUGCACAUUAGGAGGAGAAAGUCCACUUUGGGAAACUAGAGCUGUCUAGGAGUAGGACAGUUGCAAAAGUGCAGCAGUUUUACCGCCACCCAGGAGCUACUCCCAGGAAAAGGACCUAACCACGUUAUUUUUUAGGAAAGUUGGGGCUUGGAAGACUUGGUUUGCUGAAUGGGCAGUAACCCUAGUAAAACCCAGGAGAGGCUUACCAGUAGAAUGAACUGGCUUCUGCCUCCCGGAGCAGAGCAUUGGCGGUCUUGAACCUUUCUAAUGUUUUCAAGUGUUAAUCUCUUGGUGCUCCAGCUACCCCAGUAUUAGCCCUGCGUGGGGCUCACCCUACUAGCAGCAGGUCCUCUGCUGUGACUCACCCAAAUGGCUAAAACAGCAGUUUGUUAUUUUAAUUGCUGGUUGGAACAGCUAAUGCUGCCUUUUGGAGACUAUGCUUUUACUCUGUGUUGUGACUGAGUGAAGCCUUGCACGGCUGGAUGCCCUUUGAGGUGUAGGCUACCCGCCUGUCUCAGCUCAAGCAGAAACCUCAGAGACUGCGCUGUCUUCAGGGAAGUGGAGGGUCACCACUGGUCCUUACUUUGAGCCAUGGAAAUGAAAUAAGGAAUGAACCAGAAAGUACAGAUGAACUUGGCAGAACUGGCUUCUAUAUGAUGUUCUUAAGAGGGCCGUGGUUGUUUUAAGUCACAGGUGCUUUUUCAGCCACCCUAAGGGAAUGAAAAACAGAAAAGAGUACAGGCUUCACAGUUCAUCAGAUGUCAGUUUAUGUUCCAGUUCCACUUACAGGGUAAGUCGGUUCCACUAAGCCUUGGCGUCCUUAUACAUAAGAUGAAGAAUUCUUGCCCCCCAGAGUUGUAGCAGCAGUUAAGUGAGAGAAGUACUAAAACAUUUGGAAGCAUACAUAGACAAGGAGUAGGCUUUUCAACCUAUUCAUCUCUUUAUUCUUUUGAGUUUUCAAUUUCUAAUCAAAAAAUCUUCCAAUAAACUCAAAUGAAAAGGCCAGGGCCUCUGGUGUAUAAUAGCAGGUGUAGACUACCACUUUCCGACCAAGAGCAAAACCCAGGCUUCCAUGUACUGGAGGAUGAACGGUAUUGAUUAGCCAUUUUCUAUAUAAAUUGUCACAUUUAGUAACCCCCUGCAAGCGGUGUGGUGUCCCUGUGUGAUAACUUGAUGAAAUAGAAGCUCAGAGAACCUAAAUGACUUGUCUUAAGGUUAUUAACAGAGCUAAGUCGGCUGAACUCAGGUUCAGAGAUCCAAGAUACCAAAUCUCAAGAUUUGAAACAAGUGCUACAUUUAGGGUGGAAAUCCAGGCUAAAUUGACCGGCCUCUAGGGAAGGAGAUGUCAGUUAUUUGACACAGGGAAAAGAGAAAAAGCAUCUCUUAUCCAGCCUCACAAUUUAGCUCCUUGAAGUAAUAUUUUCCAGGUCAUGAUCAAUGACAAAGAUUUAAUAAGUGAGAUUACUUGUAAUUCUUAAUUUAUGCUACCAAAUCUUCAUAGAAUUUUGUAUUUGGCAGUUGUGCAGAUAAUUACGUAGUCAGUGAAACCAUAAAACACCUUUUGCAUGUAUGUGUUGGAUCAGAAUCAUGUAAAUAACUGAUAAUUAGAUAAUGACUUUUAGACAAUACCUAGUGUAUAAUAAUUGAAGAAGGAUUUUUAAAAAAUAGUAGACAGCACUAAAUAUUUCAUGUAUAGGAUGCAGAACUGAUGUGCUUUUUAAUCUUGCUGGAGAGGGUAGUUGUCAGAAAAACAGCAAGUCAUCUUUGUCAGGUAGGGUAGAUGAACUCAAAAUCUGGAAGAAAGAAAAGACUGCCUGCCGUCUGGUAGACCCAUUCAGGGAGUGUGGCCUGAGAGUCUAGAAGCCAGAGCCAGGAGGUUCUCAGCUGGGGGACUUGGCUGGCCCCAGCAGCCUGUCAGCCCCCUGGGAAAUGCACUGCUGCUGCUGCUGUCCAGGAGAGAAGGCCAUCCAGAGAGCACUGCUGGGCCUGGGACUGUCGCUGAGGCAGGCCUGCUCCCAUAGAUUGGCUGGGAAAGGGGGUUCCCAGUCUGAUGUGACAGGAUCCUUCAUUCAGACCUGGUUGUCCCAGGGUUUCUGCCUUCAGGGCCAAACACGGGCAUUAUGGACCAAACCCUGGCCUGUAUUUCAGUGACCUCUAGACGAGCACUAAUGAGGACUUCUUCAUUCACAAAGGGAAGUACAGUACUUCCUCAUCUUCUACACCAGGGGCCAGGCAAGAAGGGAUAGCUCAUGCUCUGACUAAAAGGAGCUAGCUUUUAUUCAGUUUCUGCUGGUUAUUGCCAUGCAAAAAUAUCACCCUACCAACAUCCAACCUAUGUUGGUGGAUCAUUAAAUUUUUUUGAGGGAAGCCCGAAAUCCAGAUUUAUGGGAAAUUUACCUAAUUGUAAAUCCUGACAACUAAUUAUUAUAUAAAAACCUGGUAGACUGUCAGCUUGUGGCUGCUUCUAUUCCUAACUCUCAUUUACUUCAGCUACUGAAGUCUAGUUCUGGCCACCCUCCUUUUUUAGAGUUAUUCUCAUCUCUUUAAGAGAGUAUCCCAAAGAUUCUGUCCAUGGGCCAUGUUCACUCUUUUCUCCCCCUUAUGGAUGACCUCAUAUACUUCCAUGACAUCAACUAGUGCUCACCCAUACAUUCAUGCCCAGAUCUAGCCCUUUUCUGAAGUUCCUUUAUCCACAUAUCUAACCAGCUAAAUACAGAACAUCAACCCCCGGGACUGUGGCUGUGUCAGAUUCAGCUAACUGUCUGCACCCGCUGCUUCUCCUUUAUUCUUGAUCACCAUCCAUCCACCUAGCUGUCCAGUCACUGUCCAGACAUGAGUUUGUCAUCUGUGCUCCUCCCUCUUUUCACCACCAGUUACUACAGUCUUCCACCUUAGAAAUAGCUUUAAAUCCAGCCCAACCUCUUUAUCCCUAGUGCUGCUGUGUUAGUGCUGUUCCUCAUGUCACCUGAAUUCUGAGGGUAGCCAGAACCAUUUCUGGGGAAUGUGAGAGCUAAGCAUCAGAAAGAGCAGGUUUAGGUAGGAUUGAGAAGGGAAGACAAAUCUGCUUUUGAGGGUAAAAUGAGAGACCUUUCAGAAUAAAGACUUAAGAUGGAAAGUAGACCCACAGCAACAGGUCAAAGUAGUUGAGAUCAAGAACCGUGAGGCCCUUCCUCAUAAAGCACGGGAGAAUUUUUUUCCCCUUUGACACCAUUUCAUUUUACAAAGUAAUACAUUUUCAUUGUAAGAAUUACUCAAAUGAAGUUAUUUUACAUUUUAUCUGUCUUAGUAUUUUUAAGUAUAUUUUACAGAUUAUGUUAUUACAGUUGUCCCAUUCUUUUUUCCCCUUUAUUCCUCUCUGCCAUGCAGUCCCACCCCCCACAGUUUUCCCCCCCUUAGCUCAUGUCCGUGAGUUAUACAUAUAAGUUCUUUGGCUUCUCCAUUUCCUGUACUCUUCUUAACUUGCCCUUGUCUUUUUUGUACCUCCCAUUUAUGCUUCUUAUUCCCUGUACCUUUUCCCCCAUUCUUCCUCCCCCUCCCCACUCACCUUCCAUGUGAUCUCCAAUUCUGGGAUUCUGUUCCUGUUCUAGUUGUUUGCUUUGUUUUUGUUUUCAUUGUUUUUCAGGUUCAGUUGUUGAUAGUUGUGAGUUUGUUGUUUUACUGUUCAUAUUUUUUAUCUUUUUCUUAGAUAAGUUGCUUUAACAUUUCAUAUAAUAAGGGCUUGGUGAUGAUGAACUCCUUGAACUUGACCUUAUCUGAGCAGCACUUUACCUGCCCUUCCAUUCUAAAUGACAGCUCUGGAUGUAGGUCCUUGUCUUUCAUGACUUGGAAUACUUCUUUCCAGCCCCUUCUUGCCUAUAAGGUUUCUUUUGAGAAAUCAGCUAAGAGCCUUACAGGAACUUCUUUGUAGGUAACUGUCACCUUUUCUCUCGCUUCUUUUAAGAUUCUCUCCUUCAUUUUAAUCUUGGCUAAUGUAGUUAUGAUGUGCCUUGGUGUGUACAUCCUUGGGGCCACCUUCUUUGGGACUCUCUGAGCUUCCUGGACUUCCUGGAAGUUCAUUCCUUUGCCAGAUUGGAGAAGUUCUCCAUUAUUUUUUCAAAAAUGUUUUCAGUUUCUUGCUCUUCCUCUUCCCUUUCUGGCACUUCUAUGCCAGAUGUUGAAACAUUUAAAGUUGUCCCAGAGGUUCCUAAGCCUCUCCUCAUUUUUUUGAAUUCUUGUUUUUCAUUGUUUCAGUUUAAUGUUUAUUUCUUCCUUUUGUUCCAAAUUGUUGAUUUGAGUCCCAGUUUUCUUCCCUUCACUGUUGGUUCUCUGUAUAGUAUUCUUUAUUUCACUUUCUCCUCUUUUUUGUGACCAUACUCAACCAUUUCUCUCUUUUUUUAAAGAUUUUUUAUUUAUUUAUCUUUAGAGGGGAAGGGAAGGAGAGAGAGAGAGAAAUAUCAAUGUAUGGUUGCCUCUUGUGCAUCCCUGCUGGGAACUGGCCUGCAACCCAGGCAUGUGCCCUGACUGGGAAUCGAACCGCGAUCCUCUGGUUCUCAGGCCUAUGUUCAAUCCAUUGAACUACACCAGCCAGGGCUCAACCAUUUCUGUGAGCAUCCUGAUUACCAGUGUUUUGAACUCUGCAUCCAGUAUGUUGGCUACCUCUUCAUCACUUAGCUGUUUUUCUGGAGUUUUUAUCUCUUCUUUCAGUUUGGCCACGUGUCUUUGUCUCAGUGCACCACCAGUCUGGAUGAGUUUUUUUUUUUUAACUCCUUGGUUGUGACCUGCAUACAGUUCAGUUUUCUGGCAGUUCUCAUUUUUGUUUGUAAAUUUGUUGUCCUUCGGGUUGUGCAAGGAGACAAAAUGUAUUUACUUACACCUCCAUCUUGGCUGGAAGUCCCUAUCUUAGUAUUUUUAUAUGCAUAUAUAAUUUUAAACAGCAAAUGUGGGAUCAUAUUGUAUAUUACUGUUCCAUAAUCUUUUUCAUUUAGCAAUAUAUGAUAACCUUUUUCUGAUUAUAAAAUUAUUCUGUAUCAGAAAACUUGUGAAAAUAAAAAUUACCAGUAAUCACACUGCCCAGACACAGCCAUUGUUAAUAUCUUGGUACAUUAACCCUCUUCGUCUUCACAUGCUAUAUUGUGAGCAUUACUUCACUAACCCAAUUGUUCCGUGUUGGGAAUUGAAGUUUUCUGGUGUUCAGUAUUAUAAAUAAUGCUUUAUUGAGUAUCUCUCUAAAAAUAUUUGUUAUUGGUUUAGUGUAAACUUACAUAAGAAUCACUGAAGCAGAAGAUAGGGACUCUUUUAAAGGUUCUAUAUGUAUAUUGCCAGUUUGCCUGUUAAAAACUUUUGGGCUACUUUACACUUUCAUAGGUGCCUGUUUUUACCACACCUUUGAUAGCAUUAGAAGUCUAAUUUUUAGAAAUCCUUUUAUCAAUUUAUUAUGAUAUUGAUAAGGUCAAACAUUUUCAUGUAUUUAUAUGUACAACAUAGAAAUAUGUUAUACAACAUUUUGUUGUAUAUACAGGGUCUGAUAUAAAUAACACCCCUUUUUUAAAAUUUAUUUAUUUUAUCUUUAGAGGGGAAAGGGAAGGAGAAAGGGAGAGAAACAUUAAUGUAUGGUUGCCCUUUGCGCAUUCCCUGCUGGGAACUGGCCUGCAGGGAACCGGCCUGCAACCCAGGCAUGUGCCCUGACUGGGAAACGAACCGCGAUUGUCUGGUUCGCAGGCCCAAGCUCAAUCCACUGAGCUACACCAGCCAGGGCAAUAACACCCCUUUUAAUUACAAAAUCUUUUACUAUAAAAUCAUAAGCAUGUAAUUCUAUAACACAACAAUGGCACACUCAAGCACACCAUAUGACAUUUUAGGUGAAAUGUUCAAAUUAAAAGUAUAAAUUAUUACACCCAUAUUAUUACCCUACCAACCACACUCAAGCUGGUGUUACUUCUGCUGGACCCUGUAUUAUUUCAUAUGUUGUUUUACAAACUUUAUAUUUGUGUUCAUUUUUUAUAUGCAGGUGUUCUUUCUGUCACUGAAUUGCAAAGGCACAUCUUGCCAAUAUUUUCCUCUGUUUUAUCAUUUAUGUGUUCCUUUUAUUUAUGGUGAUCUUGUUUUGUUUUCACAGUUAAGGAAUUUUUUGAGGGUUUGAGUAAUCAAAUUUGUCAGGCUGUUCCUUUACAUUUUCUUUGUUUGCCUUUAUGGGUAAACACCUCCUUCACUACACUUGGAGCAGAAAAAAAUGUCUGCCCAUAUAUUAUUAUCGUCUUUUUUGGCAUUAUUUUUUACAUUUAACACUUGAAUUGGUGUUGGUUUAUGGUAUGAGGUUUAAGGACCCCUGUUUAAUGAAUGGUUCAGAGUUAUCACAGAGUUAUGCAUCAGAGAGAUAACUGAUAAUCUCUAGCACCACCAUCUGAGGCAUCUGUGCUGGGAACAGGGACUUGAGCAGAAGGGGGUGGGAGGUAUGUACUAUCCCAGCCCCCAGCCUGGAAGUGGUGGGACGAGAGGCACAGGCCGAUGUGUUGCUCCUGGAGUGUCCUGAGUAUCCCCAUUACUGCCCAGUGUAUACUCUCUCCCAGUAGACGCUGAGACCUUAGUAAGAAUCUUGGUUGCAGGCCCUGGAUCUAGGCAGUCCAGCCAAUGACUGGCCACUGCUCCUGGCCUUACAUAGUCUUCUGAGAGGGUACCAGUUACAGCGCAGGUAGCUGAUCUCUUGGGUUUUAAAGACUUGGUCCUGCAGCCUUGCUUUUAGGUAUGAACUUGGAUUGCUAGGGCAAUAGAAUAGACCUUAGGCCUUUCUGUAGGGCUGAUUGUAUUCCAUCCCUUAUGAUCUGGAAGCGGCCUUCCCUUUCAUCAAUAUUCCCCCACCUGCACUGAUCCAGCUGGCUCUUGACUCACAUUAUAAGACUUUACCUCUCUCUGCUAACUGCCCAGUCUCACUCCCAUGACCUGAAAUAAUUUACUCUAAAGCCACAUUCUCCCCCCUCCUGCCCCCUCCUCGAGGAAUAAGUGAAACCCUCAUCCUUCUCCUUGUGCCUUUCCACCCUUUAUCAUCUUCCUCCUUCCCAAAUCAUCCAUAGGCACCAUAUCUCUAGCUACAUAGAGUGGCUAGCCUCUCUGGUUUCUCAGAAAAGCUCAUAGUGUGUGACUCCUCCCUUUUUGCUUUUGAACUGCAUUUCUUUCCUUAUUACUCAGUGUCCACACCCAGGGCGGUUGCCUGAAUAAAAAUCUGCCUCUUCCCCCAGUCACCUUCUUAGGCUAACUCCAGGAGAAGAGAAGAAUCUCUGCCCAUCUACCUUGGCCCAGUUAGAAGCCAUUAACUCCUCAGAGUGGUCUGAGACAGUAUAGUGUCCUCUGAGUCCUCUGAUUUGUCUUCUCAUUUAUCUGCUAAGCUUGUUUAUUGAGCACCACUAAGCAAAGUUAAUGAGAAUUAUCUUUAGCCAGGAAGGGAGAGGUUAUCUCCCCGUCAUCACUUAUUUCUGUGAGGUCUUCGAGGACUCUGGACUCACUGACCCUGGCUGGGCUGUUCACACAAUCUAAGGAGAACCAGGCCACUUCUCGUCCCAGCUGACACUAAGCAGCUUUGUGACCUUGGAUGAGAGGUUUAUCUUGAAAGUUUGGACCGAGUGAUCUCACUCUUCCAGCUGUGACAACAUGUGAGGCAGUGAAGAGGGAAAAGUACCUGAAUGGGAAGGUGGAACUUAAUUGUACCAGUUUUGUAGGUUCAGGAGAGGUCCUUUGACAACUGACCAGGUAGAAGAAGCUAGGUAAAGACUUAGAUGGGAACUGCCAGCUCUGCGGCGCCCACUUCACUGAUGACUGAAUGAGUACCCCAUAGGAUACACCUCUAUCAAAGUAAUUAAAAAUCUUGCUCACCUUUCAAGGUGGGCUUAUCAGGAAUCAGGGUCAGUUGGCUAACCCAACCUUAAAUCCACUUCACUUCUUAUCCCUUCUAACAAAAAUAUGAUUACCUGGGAACCUAACCUUCUAAAAUGAGUAUCUCAGUACUCUUAAUGGUCUUUGUGUAGUCCUAUGAUCUUGUGCUACAUCCAGCAGGGUGGUAGAGAGCAAAGUUAAUCUUUUCCUAGGUAUUGUAUGGAGUAGAGUUCUGCUCUCUGACCUUUUACCCAACUCUGGCUUACCAAAGGGUCACCUGGUCUUGGCUACAAGGAUACCCAGCCCAGUGCCUGGCACAUGUUAGGCCCACAGUAAAUAUUUGUUAAAAUAAUGUCUGGUGUGUCCCUGGGUGUACUAGUUUCUGUUCCUUCCUCUACAUCUUAUAGCUGAUUUUCUUCUCCUGGUUUUGUUUUAAUUAUGGUAAGUGAAAAACUCCCUAAAACCCCUUGCAGAAUUUGAGAGGUCAGGCCUGGAGUGUUAGGACAUCUCUGGGACCUGUCUAUGGCCAUACCACCCUGAUCGCGCCUGAUCUCAGAAGCUAAGCAGGGUUGGGCUUGGUUAGGACUUGGAUGGGAGGGCAUCUCUGUUAUCUAAUGUGAAUACCUGUACUUUUGGCAUCACACCUUUCUCCUAUCUCAUUACUUAUGCUUUGUACUGGUCAGGAAACUGAUUUUUCAUAGCUCUUGGAGUUGUGUAUGUAUGUUAAACUUGUUGGGGUGAAUAAGGGGUGGAAGAUAGUCCAUCAAGGAAUGCAUGUUCAAAAACUGAGGGACUUAAUCUGGGCAUUGGGGUGUACAAGACUGGAGGAAGAAGACUAAAAAUAGAAAUCUCGUGAGAAAGCACACAGUGAUGGAUGGCCAUGGUGUCUUCCUGCCCCAAAGGUACUAAAGCACCUAGAAGCCAUAAAGAAACUUCAGAACAACUUUUUGGAAAUGGCUGGGCUUUGGAUCAUUCCCAAAAUGUGCUAACCUUCCUGCUCAACAUCAAAAGGAUUUCUUUUCCCUUUCCCUUGAAUGAAUACAAUCGGCAGCGUCGUUAGUUCCACCCCUUUGAAACAGGAAGCUGAGACUAAAAUGUUAAACGGCCCUUCUGUUCAUUCCCUUCUCCUUUUAUUCCCCACCCCACCCCCUUUACAGAGAUAUUUGUCCAUUCCCCACGUGCAGGGACUAUAGUAGAUGAGAAAUUCUGUUUGACCAUUUUCAAGCUUCUGUAGGCCACAACAGGGCCGGAAUAAACCUCCUUUCUAAACCCUUGCUUUUGCCUAACAUCCCCUGGCUGCUGUCCCCACAUGACCCAAAUAAACAGAUGAUCAUGUGAAGCCAGUAAGG